AUGAACGUAUCCUCAAAGUUUUCCUCAUUCUUCCACAACCCCAAAAACCAUUCACCUUCCUUCAAAUUUUCAUCCUUCUUUUCAACCACUCCACAAAACCCAACAUCACACAUUCUCACAAAAUGCAUUGCUCUCUUACAAUACUGCGCCUCUUCCAAACACAAACUAAAACAAAUCCAUGCAUUUUCCAUAAGACACAAUGUCCCACUCAACAACCCCGACAUCGGAAAGUACCUUAUUUUCACUAUUGUUUCACUCUCCGCACCCAUGUCUUACGCUCACAACAUUUUCACCAUGUUACAUAACCCAAAUGUGUUUACUUGGAACACCAUGAUUCGGGGUUACGCUGAAUGUGAUAACUCUACUCCUGCACUCCCAUUUUACCGUAAAAUGUUGGUUUCAUGCGUUGAACCUGAUACUCAUACUUACCCUUUUCUUCUUAAGGCUAUUUCAAAGUCAUUGAAUGUUAGAGAAGGGGAAGCGAUUCAUUCUGUUACUAUAAGAAAUGGGUUUGAGUCGUUGAUUUUUGUUAGGAAUAGUUUGCUUCAUAUAUAUGCUGCUUGUGGUGACACUGGAAGUGCACACAAGGUGUUUGUGUCAAUGGAUCAACGAGAUUUAGUUGCUUGGAAUUCUGUGAUUAAUGGGUUUGCUCUUAAUGGAAGGCCUAAUGAAGCUUUGACUUUGUUUAGGGAAAUGAGUUUGGAAGGUGUGGAGCCAGAUGGUUUCACUGUGGUUAGUUUGUUGUCUGCUUGUGCUGAGCUUGGAGCUCUGGAGUUAGGGCGUAGGGUUCAUGUGUAUUUGUUGAAGGUUGGGUUGACACAGAAUAUGCAUGUGAAUAAUUCGUUGUUGGACUUUUAUGCAAAAUGUGGGAGCAUAAGAGAGGCACAACAAGUGUUUAGUGAGAUGAGUGAGAGGAAUGUGGUUUCUUGGACUUCUUUGAUUGUUGGUUUGGCUGUUAAUGGGUUUGGUGAGGAAGCACUUGAGCUUUUCAAAGAAAUGGAAAGGCAAGAGCUUGUGCCUGGUGAGAUCACUUUUGUUGGUGUCUUCUAUGCUUGCAGCCAUUGUGGGAUGUUGGAUGAAGGGUUCAAUUAUUUUAGAAGGAUGAAAGAGGAGUAUGGUAUAAUGCCAAGGAUAGAGCAUUAUGGUUGUAUGGUGGAUCUAUUGAGUAGGGCUGGUUUAGUGAAACGAGCUUAUGAAUAUAUUCAGAAUAUGCCAAUGCAGCCAAAUGCUGUUAUUUGGAGGACCUUAUUAGGGGCAUGUACAAUACAUGGAGAUUUGGGUUUGGGAGAGAUAGCGAGAUCCCACCUCUUGAAGUUAGAGCCUAAACACAGCGGGGAUUAUGUGCUUCUCUCAAAUCUUUAUGCCUCUGAACGUCGUUGGUCUGAUGUACAGACAGUGAGGAGGUCAAUGAUAGAGGACGGAGUAUGGAAAACGCCUGGCUAUAGUCUUGUUGAAUUGGGAAACCGCGUUUUUGAAUUUACCAUGGGGGAUAGGUCUCAUCCUCGGAGUCAGGAUGUGUAUGCACUGCUAGAGAAGAUCACAGAAUUGUUGAAGCUAGAAGGUUAUGUGCCUCAUACCGCAAAUGUGCUUGCGGACAUAGAGGAAGAGGAGAAGGAACAAGCUUUGUCUUAUCAUAGUGAAAAAGUUGCAAUUGCUUUUAUGCUCUUGAAUACAGCACCAGGGACUCCAAUCAGGGUCGUGAAGAAUUUAAGAGUCUGUGCAGAUUGUCAUAUGGCUAUCAAACUCAUAUCAAAGGUUUAUGAUAGAGAGAUUGUUGUCAGGGAUCGUAGUCGGUUUCACCAUUUUAGAGGUGGUUUUUGUUCCUGUAAAGACUACUGGUAA